GCAAGACUAGCUGGGUGCUGUUCCUCGCGGGGCUCACCCCCGAGGCUUCGCGAUGGAGGGCGAGAGCGAAAUGAAAUUUUCUAGUAACAGCUUAACCCCUUUGUGGCGGAGGCGCUCGACCCCUCCGCCCCAGCUGCUGGGCCGGAACAAGCCAAGACCCCAGUCUUACCAGAGCCCCAGCGGGUUGCUGAUCACGGAUUUCCCGGUGGAGGACCUAGGGACGCUCCCCGCGGCACAGACUCCCGUCCAGGUACCCACCGCUGGGGACGGCAGGACGGUGCAGAGGAGCCCCCUGCUUCUGUGCCAGCGGAAGGCGGUGACCAAUGGGCGGACGGUGUCCCCGGAGUACAGGGCUGUCUCUCCUCAGCUCCGACGGCUCAAGUCACCCCAGGUCUCCAAAGGGGCGUCUGGCGGCUCCCCGAAAUCCCCGGCGAAUGGUACGGUGACUUCGCCCGCGCCGGAGCGGCUGUGCCCCCCACGGACUCCUAACGCCUCCGCCCCCUGCAGCCGGGAGGGAGACCGGAUCGGAGUGACUGCCAGCCCCCUGCCUUUGCCCACUGCAAAUGGGCAUACUCCUAGUAUCGGUUCACCAGGCUCUCGUUUGCAAUCCGGCCAGACAGCUAAGGACCCUGAGCAGGGACCCUUGCCCCAGAAUAGGCCUUUGGAACAAAAACUCCCCCUCCAAAGGCUGUCCUCACAGGAGAACGAGCUCCCCGAGAGUCCUUCAGUGGUUUUGAGCACAAAUAGCCCGGCUGCCCUCAAAGUAGGGAAGCACCAGAUUAUUCCUAAAAGCCUGGCCUCGGAAAUUAAAAUAAGUAAAAACAGCCAGAAUGUGGAGCCCCACAAGAGACUCCUCAAGGUGCGCAGCAUGGUGGAGGGCCUCGGAGCGCCCCUGGGCCUCUCGGAGGACGAAGGCGAGGCCGAGAAUGACCUGGACAGCCCUGGGUCUCUGCGGAGAGGCUUGCGGUCCACGUCCUAUCGCAGGGCAGUGGUCAGUGGCGUUGAUUUUGACAGCCCUACCACCUCGAAGAAGAAGAACAGAAUGUCCCAGCCAGUUCUGAAAGCGGUGAUGGAAGACAAGGAGAAGUUUUCCAGCCUUGGAAGGAUAAAGAAAAAAAUGCUGAAAGGACAAGGACCAUUUGAUGGGGAAGAAAAUGCCGUCUUGUACCAGAACUACAAAGAAAAGGCCCUUGACAUUGACUCUGAUGAAGAGUCCGAGCCCAGAGAACAGAAGUCGGAGGAGAAAAUCGUGAUCCAGCACAAGCCACUGCGGUCCACCUGGAGCCAGCUCUCUGCGGUGAAAAGAAACGGAUUGUCUCAGGCAGUUAGCCAGGAGGAAAGAAAGAGGCAAGAGGCCAUCUUUGAAGUUAUAUCUUCUGAACAUUCCUAUUUACUCAGCUUGGAGAUCUUGAUACGAAUGUUUAAAAAUUCUAAAGAACUGAGCGAUACAAUGACCAAGACAGAGAGUCAUCAUCUCUUCUCCAACAUUACAGACGUCUGGGAGGCAAGCAAAAAAUUCUUUACAGAGUUGGAAGCAAGACAUCAGAAUAAUAUCUUCAUAGACGACAUAAGUGACAUUGUGGAAAAACACACGGCGUCCACGUUUGACCCGUAUGUGAAAUACUGUACAAAUGAAGUCUACCAACAGCGAACACUACAGAAAUUGUUAGCCACCAAUCCGUCUUUUAAGGAAGUGCUGUCAAGAAUCGAGUCCCACGAAGACUGUAGGAACUUGCCCAUGAUCUCUUUCCUCAUUCUCCCCAUGCAGAGGGUGACUCGCCUUCCCUUGCUGAUGGACACUAUCUGUCAAAAAACACCAAAGGAUUCUCCGAAGUAUGAAGUCUGUAAACGAGCCUUAAAGGAAGUAAGCAAGCUGGUUCGCCUGUGCAAUGAAGGAGCCCGGAAGAUGGAAAGGACGGAAAUGAUGUACACGAUUAACUCCCAGCUGGAAUUUAAAAUCAAGCCCUUCCCUCUAGUCUCCUCCUCCCGGUGGCUGGUAAAGAGAGGCGAGCUGACGGCCUUCGUGGAAGACACCGUGCUCUUCUCAAGGCGGAUGUCCAAGCAGCAAGUCUACUUCUUCCUCUUUAACGACGUGCUCAUCAUCACCAAGAAGAAGAGUGAAGAAAGUUACAACGUCAAUGAUUAUUCCUUAAGAGACCAGCUGUUGGUGGAGUCUUGCGACAACGAAGAGCUUGCUUCUUCUCCGGGGAAGAACAGUUCCACGAUGCUCUAUUCGAGACAGAACUCCGCCAGCCACCUCUUCACUCUGACGGUCCUCAGCAACCACGCGAACGAGAAGGUGGAGAUGCUGCUCGGGGCUGAAACCCAGAGCGAGCGAGCCCGCUGGAUAACCGCCCUGGGACACAGCCGCGGGAAGCAGCCUCCAGACCGAACCUCACUGACCCAGGUAGAAAUCAUUCGGUCAUUUACCGCCAAGCAGCCCGACGAACUCUCCCUGCAGGUGGCUGACGUGGUCCUCAUUUAUCAGCGUGUCGGCGAUGGCUGGUAUGAAGGGGAGAGACUGCGAGAUGGAGAAAGGGGCUGGUUUCCGAUGGAAUGUGCCAAGGAGAUAACAUGUCAAGCGACCAUCGAUCAGAAUGUGGAGAGAAUGGGACGUUUGCUAGGACUGGAGACCAACGUGUAGCCUCUCUGAUGGCCGUUCGUGACUGCGAGAUUUGCACUGCAUCGUGGUGGUGGUGGGGUUCCAGCUCGUUUUCGAGUUAAUUUUAACA